UGUCUCGUAUUCACGGUUCUGCGCAUGCUCAUUCGUUGUCAUUAGGGAUUGCUGUGUGUGUCUGGACGAUGGCACUUUCACAAACAUCAUGAGGCGAUAGCACAGAGAGUUUUCACCGUCACUUGUCUCUAUGACCCGUCAGGUUUGCUAAGCGCUCGGUCGGUCGUCGUUAGCUCAGGCUCGGUUCUUGUUGUCUCCUGUUUGCCCGCCGGCUUUUUAACAUGCAGAGAAUAAGGUCUUUGAAAAUUGGCUGGCAGCUGCUGAAAUCAAGCUGUGAGGGAGCAGGAAAACAUGUCAACACCCCGACCUCCACCUCACGAGGGUAUAGUCAUCUCCCUCCUCAGAGCGGCUCCGGCUCCUUCGGGCUCCUCUUUGACAUUGACGGGGUGCUGGUGCGGGGCAGGACGCCGAUCCCUGCAGCCAAGCAGUGCUUCAGGAACCUGGUGGACCGCGAUGGGAAAUACAAAGUGCCUGUGGUGUUUGUCACCAACGCUGGGAACUGCAUGAGGCAGGCCAAAGCUGAGCAUCUGUCACAUCUGCUCGAGGUGGAGGUGUGUCCAGAACAGGUGAUGCUUUCCCACAGUCCUUUGCGAAUGUUUACCCAGUUCCACAAAAUGCGUGUGCUGGUUUCGGGACAGGGACCUGUGGAGGAGGUCGCUCACAACCUGGGCUUUCAAGAUGUUAUUACUAUAGAUAUGCUCCGAGAGGCGUAUCCUCUUCUAGAUGUUGUAGAUCACAACAGAAGGCCCAAAGAUGGUAUUCCACCCACCAAGGGCUUACGGCCAAUAGAUGCUGUCAUCUUAUUUGGCGAGCCAAUCAGAUGGGAGACCAACCUCCAGCUAAUUGUUGACGUGCUCCUGACAAAUGGAAACCCAGAUAAUCCCUGGAGUUCGAUGCGGUACCCUCACAUCCCGGUCCUGGCCUGUAAUAUGGACCUCCUGUGGAUGGCUGAGGCAAAGAAUCCCAGGUUUGGACACGGUAUGUUCCUGGUGUGUUUAGAGAGCCUGUACAAGAAAGUCACAGGCUAUGAGCUGAAGUAUGAGGCUCUGAUCGGUAAACCCAGUGUGGUGACUUAUAACUACGCUGAGCUGCUGAUUAGACAGCAGGCUGAGAGACUUGGCUGGACCACACCUGUGAAGAGGCUGUAUGCUAUCGGUGAUAACCCCAUGGCUGACAUAUACGGAGCCAACCUCUACAACCGCUACCUCCAAGCUUCUCGGCAUACCAAGGCCCAGAUGCAGGCUAAGAGUAGCGGAGGAGGUGCAGAUCCCUUGGCAGAAACAGUUGAUGAAGCCCCUAAAAUGACAUCCGCAGAACUUGGUGGAGCGUCAAGUGCAUACGGGGCAGAGGAAGACCUCCCAGAGAGCUGCAGCUCCAUCCUGGUGUGCACGGGAGUGUACAGCAGGGACCAGCAGGAGCUCCCCUCAGAUCCAACGCACACCGUCACCGAGCAGCAAAUCUUCCAUGGUCACAGGGACUUCCGCUUUGACCCGAGCCUCACGCAGCCGUCCUUCGUGGUGCAGGAUGUGAAAGAGGCGGUGGAGCUGGUGUUUCAGCAGGAAGGAAGGCCUCUGGAGUAGGAUGACUGGAUCGGAUAAUUUCAUCUAGGAACCGUCCAGUAAACCACUCUAACAACCCUUAACUGGUAGAAUAAGCUUUAUGGGUUUAUGUUGUUUUUUAAUCUAAUCUAUGCCUCUGAUCAUUACAGGGGCAAUGUAGCUGUUACUGUGGCUAGUUAAGAGAUUUAAGUGCAAUACCAUCCACUGGAGAGAGCAACAAUUGCAAGUUGCACACAUUUUAAAUCAGUCAUGCAUGGUAGUGUGUCACAGACCCCUGCAGUAUUUAUUUUGUAGCAACACACAUAAGAGUACAAACAGAGUUAACUUUAAGCUAGACAACACAUCGAAGACACAUCUGCUGAUUCACAACAUAUUGUCCAGAUAAAGAUUCCUUGCACAACACUGUACCUAACUGGGUCAUCUUGCCUUUCUAAAAUAUACCCCCCCCUCUCUCCAACACAGCAGGUCUUAACUAGACCAGUUCUGCAGUUUGUUUUUACUAUCAUAUUUCAGCUUAUUUGUUCUUAAGAUAGAGUGAAUGCUGAACCACUAAUGCUGACGAGAUUAAGUUGCCAGGUUUUAGUUUAGUACCUCAUAAGUUUUGGAAUUUAGCCGCAAAUAAAAGAGGUAAUUUUAUUUUAGUUUUAUAUCACAAGAUUGUCAGAAUUAUGCAAAGUAUUUUAGCAAUUUUCCCAGAGAUGGGGAAAAAAGGUGCUAUUUUUCUGUCAAUCUGGUUUUAGUUAUAAAAAUCUUAUGGCUGGUUCGUGUCAAUGUCUGUAUCAGAAGAUUUUGGUAGAAGAAAACAUUUUUAAUACACUUGCAGUACCAGUGAAAAUGUCCUAAAGUGCUGGUUUGUUAUAUUUGUAACUGACAGGUGUAUGACUGGUUUUUGCAGGCAAUUUAAAUUACUGUUUUAAACUAUGGAAGUCUGGUAAUGCACAGUAAAAGCCAUACUGUGUGGAAAGAACGAUUAAAAAGGCAAAUGAAAGACACAAAAA